AAGUCACUGAGUUUAAAUAAAUUGUAUCUCUAAGACAGUCGUCAUGCAACUAGAUUUAAACACGUCCGAUCCUUUUGAAAUUGUUGUGGGUACUUACGAGCAGUAUUUGGUCGGCUACAAGGUCUCUAAUAUCGUAAAUGAAUAUAAACUUGAGAAAAGUUUUGUCACACAUAGCCAUCUGGCAAGUAUAAGAAGUGUUGCUAGCAAUAAAUAUUAUUUAGCAUCUGCAGGUGCAGAUGACUCAAUCUAUCUGUAUGAUUUGCGUAAUAGAAUAGAAUCUGGUAGAUUAAUGCAUCAUAAUGAUACUGUUAAUCAUAUAACUUUUACACCAGAAGCGUCACAUUUGUUUUCAUGUAGUAACGACGGGACAAUAGCUGCUAUUGGAUGUGGUAAUUGGCAAAUUGAGAAACAUUGGCAAAAGCCACAUAAAGGUUUAUCUGUUCAUACUAUAGCUAUACAUCCAACAGGAAAAUUAGCUUUAUCUACAGGAGCUGAUGGUAUUCUUAGAACAUGGAACUUAGUUAAAGGACGACAAGCAUAUGCUACAAAUUUGGUACCACGUUUAAAACUGGAUGCUAAGAACAUCACAGUCUUAAAGUGGAGUCCAAAUGGAGAAAAAUAUCUUCUAGCAGUAAAUCAAAAAAUUGAUAUAUAUUCAGUAGAAUUGGCAGGUAUUGAUGAUGAAGUACAAUUUGAUUCCAAAAUCGUGUGUGUAGAAUUUUUAAGAGAUGACUUGAUUGCUGUCGGCUUAGAAAAUGGUCAAAUUAAAUUUUAUGAUCUUGAUAGAUCUGUACAUACAUUAAAUACAUUGGCACAUGAUAUUAGAAUUAAAUGUAUGGCACACAAAGAUGAUUUAUUGGUAACAGCUUCCAGUUCUGGUGAAAUUAAACUUUGGAGGUUUACUAGACAUAAGAUAGAUAUGUUGCAGAGUAUUAAUUGUGGUGCUAGAAUUACUUGCCUUACACUUGCAAUGCCAUAUAAAAAUACAGUUCAUAAAAAAGAAAUACUAUCAAAGGUUGAUCAGAAAGUAAAAAGCAAAAGUAUGUUCCGAUUACAACAAGAAGUUAUUAUAGAAGAAAAUUGUGACGAUGAUUGGGAAGUGACAUCUGUUGAUAAUUCUGACAUAAAACCAAUUGCUAAGUCAAAGAGUAAUUCGAGAAGAGCAGAAUGGAUAGAAGAAGACAAUCCUCCAGGCAAGAAAGUAAAAUUAAAUACAGACAAACGAUGUAAUAAAAAUAACAUGUGGAAUAAAAGAAGUAUUGCAUCUGUAGAAAAAGAUACUUCUCCUUCACCAAAGAAGAAAAGCUUAAUCGAAGAUAGGGAUAAUAAUAAUAAGAAAAAGAAAAAUUUACACAUUAAGAAAAGAAAAAAGAACGACAUAGUGCAAGAUAUUACUCAGAUGUCUUCCAAAAAAAUAAAAAAGACUAUAAAGAAAAAUACGGAAUCUGGUAAUAAGAUUCAGAAGAAGAGGAAAAUAGAAUUAGUUAAAGUAGAGGAAAAUAAUAAUAAAUUUAAUAAAAAAAUGAAAACGAUAGAAGAGGGACAUUUUAUAAUAUCAAAUAAAAAGAAAAAGACAACUUGAGAAAGUACUUAUUUUUUGAAUGAUAUUUACAGUUCGUAAAAUGACGUUCAGAAUACACAAUGUAAGAGUAAUAAUAAAUUAUUCACUAGCUUCUAUCAGUCUAUAUAAAUAUAAAUCUUAAAUUAGAUAUGACAGUUUUAUGCUUUUUUUUUUUCAUGCAUUCUGUCACAAUUGUACAAAUAUAUCUUGGAUUGAGUCAAAUACCAAAAAUUUACCACAAGAUGCACUUGUGUUCUGGAUUCAUACGACUAUUAGUUGAACACUUCCAGGCUUUCGCGAAUUCUGCAUUAUUAGACAAUGUCCCAAUUACUCUAUAAUGAUUUGGUGCAUGGACACCUUCUAUAAGUUUAGAUUUUAAUGCUCCAUUUGUAUAAUUUCCACACCAAACCUGGAAAAAGAUAUCUUAUGUUAUUAAUUUCAAUAACUUAAGAAACAUAUUCUGCGUCUAUUAAUGAUUUAAUAAAAAACGAUCUAUGAUAUUUUACAAAGAA